CGGACAGAGAGGAGGAGGGAAAAAUAAGGAAGGAAGGAGGAAGAAGCUACGCAUAUCCUCCUGUCCUGUCCUCUCCGUGGGCGGGCGCCGGCGAGGGGGGAGGCGGCCGGGGAAGAAAUCCAUCAAUGGACACCGGCAGCUUCGGCGGCGGUCGUCGUAGCAACAACGUCCAUGGCGUGGACGGGGAGUGGCGGCGGUGGGCGGUGCUGGUGGCGACGGUGUGGGUGCAGGCGCUGACGGGGACCAACUUCGACUUCUCGGCCUACUCGUCGGCGCUCAAGGCGUCCAUGGGGGUCUCCCAGCAGUCGCUCAACUACCUCGCCACCGCCUCCGACCUGGGCAAGGCCUUCGGCUGGUCGUCCGGGCUGGCCCUCAUGUACAUGCCCCUCCCGGCCGUGCUCCUCCUCUCCGCCGCGCUCGGCCUCGCCUCCUACGCGCUCCAGUACUGCAUCCUCCUGCCCCCUUCCUCCACGCUCGCCGCCGGCAUCCCCUACCCAGCCGUGUUCUUGGUCUGCCUGGUAGCAGGAUGCAGCAUCUGCUGGUUCAACACGGUCUGCUUUGUGAUCUGCAUACGCAGCUUCUCAGCGAGCAACCGCCCACUGGCGCUCUCACUCUCCAUAAGCUUCAACGGGCUCAGCGCUGCCUUCUACACCCUCUUCGCCAACACCUUCUCCCCUUACUCCCCGUCUGUCUACCUCCUCCUCAAUGCCAUCCUUCCCCUAGUCGUCUCCAUUGUUGCGCUCCCAGCCAUCCUCCUCUGCCACCCGCAUGAUCGCAACAGCGUCCGCACCACGUCAAAGCAUGAUAGGCGUGUCUUCCUCGGUUUCUACAUCAUAGCAUUCGUCACCGGCAUAUAUUUAGUCAUCUUCGGAUCUGUCACCACAACCAGUUCCGCUGCACGGGUCGUCCUCAUGGGCGCCUUGGCCCUCCUCGCCCUUCCAAUCAUCAUGCCUGCAGCCUCCAGCUGCUCUACUGUGGCCACACAUGGUCCUGACCCUGCAUUGCCACUCAGCAAUGACGACCCGCAAAAGCCACUACUGCUCGACAUUGAUCACCAGAAGGAGAUAGACAGCAGCAUGACGCAGAAAUCAGUGGAGUGGCAGUUCGAGGGUUGUUGCUGCGGGACGAUACUGGAGAAGGGCCGUGUGCUGGUUCUUGGUGAGGAGCAUAGUGCAAAGAAGCUCAUUCGGCAUGUGGAUUUCUGGCUCUACUACAUAGCCUACUUCUGUGGUGCCACUGUUGGGCUAGUGUACAGCAACAACUUGGGGCAGAUUGCACAGUCAUUAAACCUACAGCCGCGGCUGACCAUGCUUCUCGCCAUUUACUCCUCCUGCUCCUUCUUUGGUCGCCUCCUCUCUGCACUCCCCGACUUCCUUCAAGGGAAGGUGUCAUUUGCUCGGACAGGGUGGCUUGCAGCUGCGUUGGUGCCCAUGCCAGUUGCUUUUUUCUUAAUGUGGAAAUUGCACGAUGAAAACACACUGAUAGCAGGAACGGCGUUAAUUGGCAUGAGCUCGGGUUUCAUCUUCGCUGCGGCAGUGUCAGUGACAUCCGAACUCUUUGGACCAAAAAGCAUUGGCGUGAACCACAACAUCCUCAUCACCAAUAUCCCUCUUGGCUCACUCCUCUAUGGCCAGAUUGCGGCCUUGGUAUAUGAUGCAAAUGGCACAAGUAAUACAGUACUGGACAACCUCACUGGGACAGUUGACACCAUGAUAAUGUGCAUGGGCGCAAAGUGCUACUCGAACACGUUCUUUGUGUGGGGUUGCAUCACAUUGCUGGGCUUGGCAUCAAGCAUAGCCCUAUUCUUGAGAACAAGACUUGCUUAUGCUACUGCUGAUGACCAGUCUAGAUGUAAGCACCAUAGCCAAGUUUCGAGUUGAAAAGGAACUCCUUGAUCUGUUCCUCUCUGGUCUGAAAUCAUGGUUAGGUUGUACAAGUUUUGGUUCAGUUCUAGGUGGACUGGGUUAGAUGCAACACAUGUAAUUACUACAUUACGAGAUUCAACAAAGUGGGCAGCAAAUUAUCAGAUUA